CUCUCACUGGCUUUCUGUGAAACACUUUUGCGACUGACAAAAAUUAAUUACAGAAUGUUUGUUUUAAGGUAUUUUGUUUUAAGUCUAGUUUAAUCGUUUCAAGGUGCUAAGGCCUAGUAUUUGACUGCUCUGGUCGGAAAAGGGACAAAGAUACAACUACACAGGGAGAGUGAAGGGUGCGUUUCGUUAGAAUCUAACGAGUCACUUUCUCGUCAUCUAUUUUCCAAUUUAACGCAUAGUUUGACUGAGAUAAGAAUAUGGGAAGACAUCGAUCCAGAUCCAGAUCGCGUACCCCGGUGGAAAGUCGACUUCUCAAGCUGGCUAACAUGGAUAGUCUUGCUGAAAAGAUGCGACUAGAAAAAGCAAAAAAGAAAGAUGAGAGAGAAUGGGAUAAGGACAAAAAGAUGGUUUCAAGUACAAGACCAAGGUCAAGAUCGACAAGUAGAGGAAGGAAUAAGAUGAAACAAGUACGUCCAGAGCGAGGAAAUGGUAGUAGGAGACGGUCGAGAUCAAGAAGCCGAUCAAAAACCCCUCCUCGUAAAGGGAAGGACCAAGAGGGUAGAGCAGAGAGUAGAAGUAAAAGUUCUGAUAAGCGACAUAAGGAUAAGAAGAACAAGGACAAAGGAAAGGAUAAGGCUUCGUCCAAUAAUGGGAAACAACACAAAGAGAAAAAGUCUAAGAAAUCUAAAAAGAAGAAGAGUAAAAGCAGGAAGAGACAUUCGUCGUCAGAGUCAGAUUCAGACUCGUCAGUUUCUUCUGCAGAUUCAUUGGUGUUACUUCAGAGAUUGGAGGAAGAGCGCAAAAAGCAAAAGGCUGAAGAGAAGCGACGUAAAGAAGAAAUGAAGGCACGCGAAACUCCAGAAGAGAAAAGGCAACGUCGUUUGGCUAAGAAGGAAGAAAAAGAACGAAAACGAAAAGAACGAAUGGGUUGGGAUCCGGAACAUCUACAUUAUACAAAUAGUGACAACCCAUUUGGUGAUCAUGAUCUCAUGGGAACGUUUGUCUGGAAGAAAAAAUUAGAAAAAGAUGGAAUGAAAGACAUGAGUAAAGCAGAUAUCGAAAGGAGAAACCGAUUAUUAGCUGAUGAAAAUAAGCGAGAGUUGGAAAAGGUGAAACAGCGGAGACUGGAGAAAGAGCGUGAGACACAGGCAAGAGAGGAGGAGCAACAGUUGUUACAAAGACAGAAAGAAGCAGAACAGUUUCAAGAAUGGGGGAAGCAAGAAGAUGUAUUUCACCUGGAACAAGCUAGACUCCGUUCUAAGAUCAGGAUAACUGAUGGGAGAGCAAAACCAAUUGACCUUCUGGCUCAGUACGUCAGUGCUGAAGAUGAAGUGGAUGCCAUUGAAAUGCAUGAACCAUAUACAUAUUUAAACGGUUUAACAAUAGGAGAUCUGGAGGAUCUUUUGGAGGAUAUUGUGGUUUAUAAAGAGCUUGAGAGAGGGAAGAAUCUAAGUUAUUGGAACGAUAUUACUGUGAUUGUUGAGGACGAAUUAAGAAAAUUACGCAAGCUGGAACAAGAUGAUGACUAUCGAAUGGCUGUGGAAAGACGUGAAGGAAUAAACUCUGCGGUUGCCUCAGACGUUGGUGAAUUACUCAAAGGAAAAACUGCUGAAAAACUUGAAGAACUCAAAAUAAGUAUUCAGUCAAAACUAGACGGCUCAGUGCAUGGAUUGGAUAUUAGUUACUGGGAAUCUUUGCUAUCUCAACUAAAGGCGUACAUUGCGAGAGCCCGACUUCGAGAUCGACAUCAAGACAACUUGAAAGCAAAGUUGCAAAUGUUGAAAGCACAACAAGGAGUCAAGGUUGAAGCCGAGUCUGAUGAAAGUGCCCACGGAGAUUCCCAAAUACCUUCGCAGUCUAUGGACAUUGAUGAAACCAAACAAGAGCCCACCAGCAGUGCAACUUUGAAAGAUCAAAAAGGAGAGGAAUUGCCAGAUGAUGAUGAGGAAGAUGAUGACGAAGAACAGACUGAUAUUGUUGAAGAAAGUAUUCGCCGCUAUGAUGUUGGGGGCUACUCCCCAAAAAUUAUUAGUCUUGAUGAAAUCGAACCAGGGAUUUUUGUCAUUGGUGAGGAUGAAGACAACGCUCGGCUGGAGCAAGCAAGAUCUCAGGUGCUUAAGGUUGGCAAGAAGGUAGAGAAUGUGUGGACAGCAGAAGAAAAAGCUUUAGAAAAGGAAGCCAAGAAGGGGAUGACGGAUGACGAGGCUGGAUUUUCUGUGGAAUCUCAAGUGAGCGAUUUAUAUUUGUGGUCAGACAAAUAUCGGCCAAGAAAACCUAGAUAUUUCAACCGAGUUCACACUGGUUUCGAAUGGAACAAAUACAAUCAGACGCAUUAUGACAUGGAUAACCCGCCUCCAAAGAUUGUUCAGGGAUACAAGUUCAACAUUUUUUAUCCCGACCUGAUUGACAAAACUUCUACUCCCCGUUAUACUGUGACCGCUUGUGCUGACAACCCUGAUUUUGCUAUUUUACGAUUUAUCGCUGGACCACCGUAUGAAGACAUUGCAUUCAAGGUGGUCAACAGGGAAUGGGAGUAUUCGUAUAAACGUGGAUUCCGCUGUCAAUUUCAAAAUAAUAUAUUUCAGUGCUGGUAUCAUUUCAAACGGUAUCGGUACAGGCGUUAAAUUAAUUGCUAAAUAUAUGGGUUGUGCAAACAAACCUAGCUACCUAACUAAAUUAAUUAUUUUUGACAAGAAA